AUGGAAUCGUCACCAGAUGAUGUUGACACACUGACCGCCCGUCUCAAACGGGAUAGCGGCUCGGACAGCGACUCCAGUAGCACGGCAGAGGAAGAAAGACUACGAAGACUGUUCGACAGUUGUGAUGCGGAUGGAGACGGACUUCUGGACAGACAUGACUUUGAAUACAUGUGUCGACAACUCAACAUGGAGGAUUCCUCAGCUGAGAUUAUGGCUCAGAUUGGCAUGGUUACAGACAGCAGGAUCUCCUUCCAGGACUUUAUACAGUCUCGCUCACAGGUGCUGGCGGACUCGGACACUGGUCAGUACAUGGAUGAUACUGGGAUAGAGUCUGACCACAGUGGCCUGGUCAAACAACCCCAGGCUAAUAUUACAUCCUGGCCGACAAUGAGCAGUGAUAGCUUUGGAGCACACUCUGGUAAGCCUGACAGUGUUGACUAUGAUAGUGGAGCCCGAGAUAUGAGUCCAGAACCCCCAUCUCUCCAAGCCUUGAUGGAAACCCAUGACCCAACUAUUGCACAACAUGGUGAUAGUAACACCAACGGCAUGCUGGACCUCGCGAACCGCCUCCACCUGGCAGCAAUAACAUCAUUGAAAGGGGAGCUAAUCGAGUUGAACAAUAGGUUACAGUUUGUCACUGGAGAACGAGACAGUUUGGAAAAACAACUUAACAAGUCACAGACUGACCGACUCUACUUCCAGCGAGAUUGUGAUGACAGACUGGAACAGACCACCAGUCGAUAUGAGGAGAGGAUCACAGAGUUACAUUCUGUCAUUGCAGAACUCCGAAAAAAGAUUGAACGUCACCACAUCAAUGUCAUUAAAGAGGAAGAAGAAGAUGUGGAGGAAUCAGAUGCUGCUGUCCACAGUACCAAAAGUAACAAUGGUGGCAGUACACGAGAAAACAUUGCUGGAGAAUCACAGGCUAGCAUGGUUGAGGCAGGAAAUGACCUGAACUCAGAGCUGUCACGCGUUGUCAAUGAAUUAGAGAGUGCCAUUGAUGAGAGGAAGCGGAUCGCAUCAGUUGUGGUCGAUGACCAAGAAGAUGUGGAUCUUGAAGAGGAUGCUAAUGAAACUGGGGAGGAUGAUAGUAUUGAAGAGAAGGCUCUUGAGGCCUGUAAACAGAUGGAGGCAUUUGAUUUUGAGUCAACACCCCCUCCAGCUCCUCCUCCACGUGACCCCCGUCCAGCAACCUUCCAUCCUCCACCCCCACCUCCUCCAAAUGAGUUCCCAGAACCAGCUUAUCUACAGGAGGAAAUCAACAGUCUCAGGGCAGAGACUAGUACCAUGCAAGAACAAAUUGGUAGACAGGAGGCGGAGCUUAAUAUGUAUAAGGCAGCACUCGACAGUAUUAGAGAGGAGAGAGACAGGUUCAAAAGAAAGGUGAAAGAUAUUCAAUGUCGACAGCAAACGUAUGAUCUAGCCUCCAGUCCUCAACACAGUCGAACAGCCACGCCCACAAAACCACAACACCUUACCCCCAGUGGAGAUAGGUCAACGCCAGCAUCCUCCACAAACGAGUCAUUCCCUGUUGCCAAGGUUGCAGAGUUGAAAAAACUAAAAACCUGUGCUAGUGAGCGCCAGAUUUUAGGGGCAGAGAUCAGCUCUGCAGGGUUACCCAACACCAAGGUUGCAGAACACCUGGUACAGAGUUUACAGGAGUGCUCGAAUAUGCAGGAAAUCUUACAAACACUCUACAAAUGUGGAAAUGAAAUGUCCGACAACAAGCUUAAUGAGUUUGAACUAGAAUUUGAAAGACUUCAGAGUAAAAUAGACAAUUUAAAGUCACAGAAUGAUUUACUGUUGCUUACACUGGAGGAGAGUAAAUCCAUGACAGAUCGUCUGACGGUGCUGAUGGGCAAAUAUGAGUCCAAUCACACAGCACUUCAACUGGCGUUAGGAUAUUCAGACCAGACAAUGGAGGCAUAUGACGUCCUACUUGGUCUGGUGGAGAGUGAGCUAGCUGUCGUUCUCUGUAACUGUCAAGCUGCUGGAUUAACAGGUCAAGCUGAAGGCAUGCAGAGGGAUGCCAGUCAGAUGGAGGCUAUGGCCCAGCGAGUCGCACAAAGUCGUCGAACUGCAGAGAACAUGGUAAAACAUCUGUUGUUGAAGCUGGACAGAAGUGUAGGAAUAUACAGUGGGGUACAAGCCUCUAGUGCCAACCCCUGGGAUGAGAUGUCCACAUCCAGUGCAUCAAGUUCCAAGGGCAGUGCUACUGUGGACAGUGAUUUUAACAAAAAUGAUGAGCAGCGUAUCAGAGAAUACAUUCAGUGCCUUAAAAAUAGUCGGGCAACCGUCAAGUCUACCAUCAUGGAGAUAGAGAGCAUUCAUUUGGAGCCUCAGGUCCAGGAAAAUCACCGAAGCGUGGAGACACAGAGACUGGACCUAGAAAAUGCUGUGUUGAUGCAGGAACUAAUGGCCAUGAAGGAAGAGAAGACGGAGCUGAAGUCCAGUAACUAUUUACUAGAGAAAGAGAAACGUGCAUUAGAAUUAAAAUUGUCAAGUCGAGAGUCGGAGGAACAGGCUCAUAUUUUACAGAUUGAGCACCUCAAGUGUGAACUACAGGAAAGAGAGGCGAGACACCCACAGGAUGAAGAUAAUGCUGGCUUUUCAUUGGUGGAUUACAUGUCCAGUAAUCCUGACUUAGGGAAGGAGUUAUCAGAAGCAGCGAAGCGAGAGAAGAAGUUAAAGGCUCGGGUUCAGGAAUUAGUGGUUACACUUGAGAAAUUAUCAAGAAAUUCAGAAAUCAGACAUCAACAAUCAGCUGACUUUGUGAAUGAUCUUAAACGGGCAAACAGUGCCUUGAUAUCAGCCUUUGAUAAAUCAAAGAAGAAAUAUCAAAGUAAACUCAAGAGGAUGGAGCUACAGAUGCAGGCCUUAACAGAACGUUACGAUACACAGAUUCAGUUGAUUGGUAAGAAGCUAGCUAUGCAGGAACCAGACACUGUGAUGUCACAGUCCCGCCCGGCUCCUAAUGAGACGUCACUAUAGCAACGACUGUAUUCACCAAUGAAAACUUGUCUGUGAAGUUGGUGAUUGCUUGACAUUGUUGCUAAUUAUCUGGAUUAAUGAAAGCUUUGUUUACUGUGAAAUCGCUGUAUUCAGAAUGUCUUGUUCCUGUUUAUUGAACCUUCAGGAGUAAUUGUUUCACACAUGCUAAUGGAAUGGAGAUUCCAUUUGCCAAACCAAAUUGUGAAAGUGUUUUACUAUUUGUAGAACCUUCAAGAUCAACAACUCUACCCAUUCUUAUGGAAAGUUACUUGUGUCGACUAUGCCAAACCUGGCAAAGUUCUUCCAAGAUGGAUAAUUGAUUUUGUGUAAAAAUUCAAUUUUUACAAACAAUACAGAAGAUAGGUGUCCAGUGACAGAAUUAUGCAGUUUUUGAGGAAUUUCUGUCAAAACUUGCCAUAGAAAGUUUUAGGUCUGUAUUUGGAAAUAUGUGAUGUCCUGGUUUUUUAUGACUGUGUAUGUGUCUAAAUGUAUAUCGAGAUAUUACUACAGUAUAUCGGCUGUGAUUUUGUGUGAAGUCUUCAACGGAGUCGAUGAAAGCAAUUCAGUGUAUCGUUACUUUGAUUGAAUGAUCGACACUAAUCUGAGGAAGGUUUGGAUAAAAAGAUUGAAAGAUUUUGUGGAAAAAAAUUAUUUUAAACUUGUAUGAUUGGAAAAAAGUGAGGAUUUGGAAGUUUUUGGAAAAUGUUCACAAAAGAAACAUAACUGAUUGGAAACCCAGAAAAAGGAAAACGCUUCAUAAGAUGAAGGCCAAGAUAUCAGAAUUCCUGGAAUUAUGACGGAGUUAUCCCUGCUUGUCACUCAUAACAUUAAACUUGUAGUAGGAUGUUAUAGUAUUCAUGUGGCCACAGUACUAUGUCUGGUAAUACUUGCCCACCCAUACAUAUAUUUCUGUAGAAAUGCCAGCAUGUAUUGUAUGUAUUACCCCCCUAGAGUUACUGCAGGUUUUUUUGUAAGCUUUAGUUUUUAUGGAAUGAUAACUCUAUAUAACACUGUACAGUACUGUAGUGAUGCUGAGCAGCUGGAUACAUCAUUACACUGUACAGUACUGUUGUGAUGCUGAGCAGCUGGAUACAUCAUUACACUGUACAGUACUGUAGUGAUGCUG